CUAGGAAACAAUUCCCAAAGCACUCGAUAAAGCGGUCGACGUACUUAAGAUUGUCAAAGUAGUUAGACACUGUUUAAAAUGACUAAUGAUGCAUCUAAAAAGAAGGGGAAGGGCCCGGGAGAGAAAAAGGGCAAACGAAAGGCCAAAAGAAGAGAGACUUACGCGAUGUACAUCUAUAAAGUUUUGAAACAGGUGCAUCCGGACACAGGGAUUUCCAGCAGAGCGAUGAGCAUCAUGAACUCCUUCGUGAAUGACCUGUUUGAGAGGAUCGCCACAGAGGCCUCGCGACUGACUCAGUACAACAAGCGGUCCACCAUCACCAGCAGAGAGGUACAGACCGCCGUCCGGCUGCUGCUGCCUGGGGAGCUGGCCAAGCACGCGGUGUCUGAGGGAACCAAGGCUGUAACAAAGUACACCAGCUCCAAAUGAAGACUUCAAUACCACACACUUUCUGUGACAGAGAUUUCAAACUGUGUUUUUGUUACGUUGUUGAAUUCAAUAAAACAUAAGCACAAAAAGCUUUUCUUUCCAUUUGAUGUAAUCUCCUGUAGGCCUACUGCUUUCAUUUAGAGUGUAAAGUCAUUAUGAGCCACUAGAUGGGGUAAUUGCACAUCUUUCAUUUUGCAGAGUUAUUGUCUCGGUGUUGUGUAAGCCUACGAAACAUUACAUUUUGCAAACAAAUGCACUGCAGUUUGGCGAAAACACCUGUGCAGUGCUACACUAACCUACAUGCAUGGUAUCCGUAUUAUGCUACAUUAAUCUGUUCACUUCCGCGCAUUUGCAAAGUGUUCAUAUGGGAAAAUAUCUAGCUGUCAGUUUAUGGACAGACUUAUUGUCUCGGUGUUGUGAAGGCCUACAUUACAGCUUUGAAACGUACCAUUUAGCAAACGGAUGCACUGCAAUUUGGCGAAAACACCUGUGCAGUAAUACAAUAACCUACAUGCAUGAUAUCAGUAUUCUGCUACAUUAAGAUAACACUACUCCGCAUUUGCAAAGUGUUCAUAUGGGAUAAUAUCUAGCUGUCAGCUUAUGGACAGUCUUAACACAAAACAUUUUAUUUUUUUUAAACUCAUGGAAGUUAAUAAAAAAAUGCU